UCUUUCUUUUUUUUUCCCCUUCAGAGUAGUCUUGUCUUCAACUUGAGCUCUUAUCUGGCAAGACGCUAACAUUUACCUCUGAGUUUUUGCUUAACUCUCGCUUUUCUCCUUCUUGAGCGAUGUAAACUCCUUUACACUUUCUAUUAUUGCCCCUACUCUCUCCAUUACCUGUAUCCCUUGCCCUGGUAGUUUAGUUGCCCCUAAUAAACAGGACCCCGGAACUUAGGCUGACUUGACAGGAAUUAAAUGGAAAAGAUACGUAUGGCAAGGCCCAACUUCUGCCCCUAUUCUGUUUCCGGUGACAGAAGAAGACCCCAUUUUGAGCAGUUUCAGUCGCUGCCUUAAGGCAGAUGUGCUUAGUGUUUGGCGGCGAGAUCAAAGACCUGGAAGAAGAGAAUUGUGGAUAUUUUGGUGGGGUGAAGACCCCAAUUUUGCUGACCUUAUUCACCAUGACUUAUCAGAAGAGGAAGAUGGAGUGUGGGAGAACGGACUUUCCUAUGAAUGCCGUACUCUGCUUUUCAAAGCAGUUCACAAUCUGUUGGAACGGUGUUUAAUGAACCGAAAUUUUGUACGUAUUGGGAAGUGGUUUGUAAAACCUUAUGAAAAAGAUGAAAAACCUGUAAAUAAAAGUGAACACUUGUCCUGCUCUUUCACCUUUUUCUUGCAUGGAGACAGCAAUGUUUGUACCAGUGUGGAAAUUAAUCAACAUCAAUCUGUAUACCUUCUCAGUGAAGAGCAUAUUACCCUUGCUCAACAGUCUAAUAGUCCAUUUCAAGUAAUCUUAAGCCCAUUUGGACUAAAUGGCACUCUCACAGGACAGGCAUUCAAGAUGUCUGAUUCAGCUACAAAAAAAUUGAUUGGUGAAUGGAAACAGUUCUACCCUAUCUCAUGUUGCUUGAAGGAGAUGUCUGAAGAAAAACAAGAAGAUAUGGAUUGGGAAGAUGAUUCUCUAGCUGCAGUAGAAGUUCUUGUUGCUGGUGUUCGAAUGAUCUACCCAGCAUGCUUCGUUCUAGUCCCUCAGUCAGACAUUCCUACUCCUAGCUCUGUGGGCUCCUCUCACUGUUCAGCUUCUUGCUUGGGUGUCCACCAAGUGCCUGCUUCCACAAGAGAUCCUGCUAUGUCUUCAGUUACUCUUACACCACCUACAUCUCCUGAGGAAGUCCAAACAGUUGAUCCUCAGUCUGCUCAGAAAUGGGUCAAAUUUUCUUCAGUAUCUGAUGGCUUCAACUCUGAUAGUACUAGCCACCAUGGUGGGAAAGUACCCCAAAAAUUAGCCAGUCAUGUGGUGGAUAGAGUUUGGCAAGAAUGCAAUAUGAACAGAGCACAGAACAAGAGGAAAUACUCUGCUUCAUUGGGUGGCCUGAAUGAAGAAGAGAUACCUGAUAAAGUAGCAUGCUGGGACUUUGUUGAAGCCACACAAAGAACAAGUUGCAGUUGUUCGAGGCACAAAAAUCUCAAACCAAGAAAUACUGGACAACAAGGACAGGCACCAUCUUUAAAUCAACAACAGCAAGUACUUCCUAAGCACAAGACCAAUGAAAAACAAGAAAAGAAUGAAAAGCCACAGAAACGCCCUUUGACUCCUUUUCAUCAUCGCGUAUCUAUUAGUGAUGAUGUUGGCAUGGACGCAGAUUCAGCCAGCCAAAGACUUGUGAUCUCUGCUCCUGAUAGUCAAGUGAGAUUUUCAAACCUCCGAACUAAUGAUGUAGCAAAGACUCCUCAAAUGCAUGGCACUGAAAUGGCAAACUCACCUCAGCCACCCCCACUUAGUCCUCACCCGUGUGAUGUGGCUGAUGAAGGAGUGACCAAAACACCUUCAACUCCUCAAAGUCAGCAUUUUUAUCAAAUACCAACACCGGAUCCCUUGGUUCCUACCAAACCAAUGGAAGAUAGGAUAGACACUUUGUCCCAGUCUUUCCCACCUCAAUUCCAGGAAACUGUAGAACCUACAGUGUAUGUUGGUACAGCAGUGAAUUUGGAGGAAGAUGAAGCUAAUACAGCCUGGAAGUAUUACAAGGUCCCAAAGAAAAAGGAUGUAGAGUUUUUACCGCCUCAGCUUCCAAAUGAUAAAUUCAAGGAUGAUCCAGUUGGACCUUUUGGGCAGGAAAGUGUAACAUCAGUUACAGAGUUAAUGGUGCAGUGUAAGAAACCUUUAAAAGUUUCUGAUGAAUUAGUACAGCAAUAUCAAAUUAAAAACCAGUAUAUUUCAGCAAUAGCAUCUGAUACAGAAAAAGAACCUAAAAUUGAUCCAUAUGCAUUUGUUGAAGGAGAUGAGGAAUUCCUUUUUCCUGACAAAAAAGAUAGACAAAAUAGUGAGAGAGAAGCUGGAAAAAAACAUAAGGUAGAAGAUGGGACAUCUAGUGUUACAGUCUUAUCACAUGAAGAAGAUGCUAUGUCAUUAUUUAGUCCCUCUGUUAAGCAAGAUGCACCACGUCCUAGUAAUCAUGCCCGUCCUCCAUCAACCAGUUUGAUUUAUGACUCAGACCUGGCUGUCUCUUAUACUGACCUUGAUAAUCUCUUCAAUUCUGAUGAAGAUGAACUAACACCUGGAUCUAAAAAAUCAGCGACUGGAUCAGAUGAUAAAGCCAGCUGCAAAGAAUCAAAGACAGGAAAUCUGGAUCCAUUAUCUUGCAUAAGCACUGCAGAUCUUCAUAAGAUGUAUCCUACACCACCAUCAUUGGAACAACAUAUUAUGGGAUUUUCCCCAAUGAAUAUGAAUAAUAAAGACUAUGGUAGUAUGGAUACAACACCUGGAGGAACUGUUCUAGAUGGAAAUAGUUCUAGUAUAGGAGCACAGUUCAAAAUUGAGGUUGAUGAGGGAUUCUGUAGCCCAAAACCUUCUGAAAUUAAAGAUUUUUCUUAUGUCUAUAAGCCUGAAAAUUGUCAAGUUCUUGUGGGAUGUUCCAUGUUUGCACCUCUGAAAAAUCUACCAAGCCAAUGUCUGCCCCCUAUCAAAUUGCCAGAAGAGUGUAUUUACCGUCAGAGUUGGACUGUUGGAAAAUUGGAAUUGCUUCCUUCAGGGUCUACAAUGCCAUUCAUCAAAGAAGGUGAUGGAAGUAAUAUGGAUCAAGAAUAUGGACCUGCUUAUACUCCUCAAACCCAUACUUCUUUUGGGAUGCCUCCUAGCAGCGCACCUCCUAGUAACAGUGGAGCAGGAAUUCUUCCUUCUCCAUCCACCCCUAGGUUUCCAACUCCAAGGACUCCAAGGACUCCUCGAACUCCUCGUGGAGCUGGUGGACCUGCUAGUGCUCAAGGUUCAGUAAAAUAUGAAAACUCAGACCUGUACUCACCAGCCUCCACCCCAUCCACAUGCAGACCCCUUAAUUCUGUUGAACCUGCAACUGUUCCUUCUAUCCCUGAAGCACACAGUCUUUAUGUAAACCUCAUUCUUUCAGAAUCAGUUAUGAAUUUGUUUAAAGACUGUAACUUUGAUAGUUGCUGUAUCUGUGUCUGCAACAUGAAUAUCAAGGGUGCAGAUGUUGGAGUUUACAUUCCAGAUCCAAUGCAGGAAGCACAGUAUAGGUGUACCUGUGGCUUCAGUGCUGUCAUGAACAGAAAAUUUGGAAACAAUUCAGGAUUAUUUCUUGAGGAUGAACUAGAUAUCAUUGGACGCAACACAGACUGUGGCAAAGAAGCAGAAAAACGUUUUGAAGCUCUCAGGGCUACCUCUGCUGAACAUAUUAGUGGAGGUCUAAAGGAAUCUGAAAAAUUACCUGAUGAAUUGAUACUGUUGCUACAAGAUCAGUGUACUAAUUUAUUUUCACCCUUUGGAGCAUCAGACCAAGAUCCUUUUCCCAAAAUCGGUGUAAUUAGCAAUUGGGUACGCGUUGAAGAGCGGGACUGCUGCAAUGACUGCUAUCUUGCAUUAGAACAUGGGCGUCAGUUCAUGGAUAAUAUGUCAGGAGGAAAAGUUGAUGAAGCACUUGUGAAAAGUUCAUGCUUACAUCCCUGGUCUAAACGAAAUGAUGUGAGUAUGCAGUACUCACAGGAUAUUCUUCGAAUGCUCCUCUCUCUUCAACCAGUUCUUCAAGAUGCUAUUCAGAAAAAGAGAACAGUAAGGCCUUGGGGAGUUCAGGGUCCUCUCACUUGGCAACAGUUUCACAAAAUGGCUGGCCGAGGAUCUUAUGGAACUGAUGAAUCUCCAGAACCACUGCCAAUUCCCACGUUUUUGUUGGGUUAUGAUUAUGAUUUUCUGGUGCUUUCUCCAUUUGCUCUCCCUUAUUGGGAGAGACUUAUGCUGGAACCCUAUGGAUCUCAAAGAGAUAUAGCCUAUGUUGUACUAUGUCCAGAGAAUGAAGCUUUGUUACAUGGAGCCAAAAGCUUUUUUAGAGAUCUUACUGCAAUAUAUGAGUCCUGUCGGUUGGGUCAACACAGACCUAUUUCUCAAUUGUUGAUGGAUGGGAUCAUGAGAGUUGGAUCUGCUGCAUCAAAGAAACUAUCAGAAAAGAUUGUAGCAGAAUGGUUUUCUCAGACAGCUGAUGGUAACAAUGAAGCAUUUUCUAAACUCAAGCUUUAUGCUCAAGUCUGCAAAUACGACCUAGGUCCUUAUCUUGCCUCCCAGCCAUUGGACAGCUCUCUACUUUCACAGCCAAAUUUAGUUACCCCUACCAGUCAGUCUUUGAUUACUCCCCCUCAGAUGACAAAUACUGGAAAUGCUAAUACAUCAUCUGCCACAUUAGCAUCUACAGCAAGCAGCACCAUGACAAUGACUUCAGGUGUUGCCAUAUCUUCUUCAGUUGCCACAGCUAAUUCAACUUUGACCACAAGUUCAUCUUCAUCAUCUUCCAACUCGAAUAGUGGAGUAUCAUCAAACAAAGUACCUUCAUUUCCACCCUUUGGCAGUAUGAACAGUAGUGGUACAGGAUCCAUGUCUACACAAGCAAAUACAGUUCAGAGUGGCCAGCUAGGAGGGCAACAGUCAUCAGCUCUGCAGACGGCUGGGAUUUCUGGAGACUCUUCUUCACUUCCCACUCAACCGCAUCCUGAUGUGUCUGAAAGCACAAUGGAUCGGGACAAAGUGGGAAUCCCCACAGAUGGUGAUUCACAUGCAAUUACCUAUCCACCUGCAAUUGUUGUUUAUAUAAUUGAUCCUUUUACAUAUGAAGAUAAAGAUGAGAGCACUAACUCUUCUAACGUGUGGACUUUGGGACUACUUCGAUGCUUUUUGGAAAUGGUCCAGACUCUUCCUCCUCAUAUCAAGAGUACUGUUUCUGUGCAGAUUGUUCCUUGUCAGUACCUCUUACAACCUGUGAAGCAUGAAGAUAGACAAAUCUAUACCCAGCAUUUAAAAUCCCUGGCUUUUUCGGCUUUUACCCAGUGUCGGAGACCACUUCCAACAUCAACCAAUGUGAAAACAUUGACAGGCUUUGGUCCAGGUUUAGCCAUGGAAACUGCUCUUAAAAGUCCUGAUAGACCAGAGUGUAUUCGACUUUAUACACCCCCAUUUAUUCUGGCUCCAGUGAAGGACAAACAGACAGAGCUAGGAGAAACAUUUGGAGAAGCUGGACAGAAAUACAAUGUUCUUUUCGUGGGCUACUGUUUAUCACAUGAUCAGAGGUGGAUUCUUGCAUCUUGCACAGAUCUAUAUGGAGAACUUUUAGAAACUUGUAUCAUAAACAUCGAUGUUCCAAAUAGGGCUCGUCGGAAAAAAGGUUCUGCUAGAAGAUUUGGUCUACAGAAACUUUGGGAGUGGUGCUUAGGACUUGUACAAAUGAGUUCAUUACCAUGGAGAGUUGUAAUUGGUCGUCUGGGAAGGAUUGGUCAUGGAGAAUUGAAAGACUGGAGCUGUUUGCUGAGUCGUCGAAACUUGCAGUCUCUAAGUAAAAGGCUCAAAGACAUGUGUAGAAUGUGUGGUAUAUCUGCUGCAGACUCUCCCAGCAUUCUGAGUGCUUGUUUAGUAGCAAUGGAACCCCAAGGCUCUUUUGUUAUUAUGCCAGAUUCGGUAUCAACAGGUUCUGUAUUUGGAAGAAGCACCACUCUAAAUAUGCAGACAUCUCAGCUAAAUACCCCACAGGAUACAUCAUGUACUCAUAUACUUGUGUUCCCUACUUCUGCUUCUGUACAAGUAGCUUCAGCUACUUACACCACUGAAAAUUUAGAUUUGGCUUUCAAUCCUAACAAUGAUGGAGCAGAUGGAAUGGGUAUCUUUGACUUAUUAGACACACCAGAUGAUCUUGAUCCUGAUAUCAUUAAUAUCCUUCCUGCAUCUCCAACUGCAUCUCCUGUACAUUCUCCAGGAUCUCAUUACCCCCAUGGAGGUGAUACUGGCAAGGGUCAGAGUACUGAUCGGCUACUUUCAACAGAGUCUCAUGAUGAAGUAACUAAUAUUCUCCAGCAGCCAUUGGCCCUUGGAUACUUUGUAUCAACUGCCAAAGCGGGUCCAUUACCUGACUGGUUCUGGUCAGCGUGUCCUCAAGCACAAUAUCAGUGUCCCCUUUUUCUUAAGGCCUCUUUGCACCUCCACGUGCCUUCAGUGCAAUCUGACGAGCUGCUUCACAGUAAACACUCCCACCCACUUGACUCGAAUCAGACUUCCGAUGUCCUCAGGUUUGUUUUGGAACAGUACAAUGCACUCUCCUGGCUAACCUGUGACCCUGCAAUCCAGGACAGACGCUCAUGUCUCCCAAUUCAUUUUGUGGUGCUGAAUCAGUUAUAUAACUUUAUCAUGAAUAUGCUGUGAUCUUUAUUUGUCGGAACUGUGCAAGAAAAGAAUGAGGAAGAAAGAAUAUUUUGCUGCAGGAUUACGUUACAAUUAUCUUCUCAGUGAAAGUCAUUUGUGAUGGGGUCUAAUUCUUAUUACUUCAACAAAUAUUGUUUUGACUUGGGGGAGGGGCUAUAACCCUAUUUUUCAUUGACUGUAUUGAACCUUAGGAUGAUGACUGAUCAUACAAAACGUAUUAUAACAUUUUCGUAGCAAAAAUUAACUUUUUUUUUCCAGUCACAGUAUUUGUGAAGAGUAAUGAGCCAUAGUACCCAGUCAUGUUAAAUGAAUAUUAAAAGCAUGGAGAGGAAACAUGAGGAACAAUGAAUACCAACACAUGGCUUUAGAACAUCAAGGUGUUCUUGUAUUGGAUUAUAGUAUCUAGUAUUCAAAAAUGCCUGCAUCUCUUAUUUAUUGUAAGUUUUUAAUGUAUAAAUUGUCUUAUAUUUCUUAACCUCUUUUAUAAAAAUUUUCCUAGAAGGUUUAUAUUGCCUUCUUGCUUUAAAGCAAUUGGUCUAAAAUAUAUGUAAUCGUCUUAAUUAAAAAGUUGCAGUAGGGUUGCUUUUAGAGUAUUAUUUUUUUGUAAGGGGGUGGGUGGGACAGUAAAUUUGUAUUGUCUCAAUGUACAGUUUAAUGGGGAUAGAAGGGGAAUAAUGUCCAUACCAUUGUGUGUGGAGGAUUUACAGCUAAGCUGUAGUUGCAGAGUACAUGUACAGUAAUGAAGUUCACUGUGUUUAUAAAAUGAAAAGGUACCGGGUCUUACAGCAUUUUAUAUAUCACAUCUUUACAAAAUAACAUGAUGGCAAUAUACAAGUGAUAUUGUUAGGUGGUUUAACUUAGAAUAAAUUGAAAAUUCUUCAGUUAUAUUUUGUACUAUGGUUUAGGGCUAUGACUAAUAUUUCAGGCCAUUUCCAGUGAAAGAAACUUAGUUUUACAAGAAAAACAUUUGCUACUGAAUGCUUAAACUAAUUUUGGUGUUUAAUGUUACAUGUUUAAAUUUUUUUGAGUUUUAACAGUGGCACAUUUAGGCAUGGGAAUAUUAUUAUGAAAUUUAUCUGCAGGAUCUGCUAUACGGUUGAAAUUUAGCCCAGCUCUAGACAUUUUACAAAUUAAGAGCGGUCACUCUUGAUUGUUUGCUUUUUUUUUUUUUUUUUAAAUUAAGGAUUGGGAAUGUGUGUGAGAGUAUGCAUAUGUAUGAGUGUGUGUGUGCAAUCAAACUGUGGUGUAAAUAGAUUCUCAGUGAAUCCUGGUAUUCAGACUCUAUUCCACUAGUGAAAAAACCAUUUUCUAAACUUAAACCUGUUUCCCUUUGUCUUUUUAUUUAUUUAAUUUUCUUGGUUUGGAGAUGGCAGUCCCAAACACCAGAGUCUGUACUUUUUUUAUAACACAGCUCAAAUUAAGGUAGGGCAUAUGCCAAGGAGGUUCUCACCUCCCUAAAGAAGGGACUUGAAUUUUAGGGACUUUAAUUCACCCCUUCCUUCAGUAAAACUUUCCCUCUUGUUUGCACAUGCCAAGAUAACUGCUUUUCUGCAGGCUUUACCCCCUUAAAAAAUCCUUUCUACAGUGCUGCUCACAAGAGAGCCCAAGUUAGCCUUUGACUUGCAUUGCUGACUUGAAUUCACAGUCACCAAGUCUACCUAUCUUUCUUAGAAGCAGUCUAGCAAAAUUCCUAUUUAUAUGUUCAUUAGUUAUCUACAAGGACAAAACCAGUUGUAUUUACAAAACUUUAAUUCAGCAUUUUUUUUACUGAAGUUUGUUUUGUAAGUACUAUAUGCUUAACAUAAAUAUCAUUUUCUUAUGAACAGUAUAAAUUGAAAUUGUGUAUAUGAAAACAUUAGAAAGUCUUUGUUUUUUCUAUAAAGAAAAAAUUGAUGACAACAGUUUUCAGUCAUUUAUUCAAGAGUAUAAUGAAAUCCCAGUGGUCAGUCAGCAUAUUUUGAUAUUAAAUUCAGAGAUCACACCUCUGCAUUAAUUUUUAAAUUAUACUAACAACCACAGAUUAUGUUGGCAUGUUUUCUUCUAUACUUUCUACCAAAAAAAAGCUUGUCUGAAAUUUGAAGGAAAUAUGCAUAUUUGCAAUUUCUAUAAAAAGAAUAUUCUUUUUUAUGUAUUUUGCUCAAUAGUGACUUUAAAAAACUAAAGUUAUAUUCUCAGCUGUUUAAAAUCACUAACCUAUGAUAACCACACCUCAGUUUGAAAAAAGAUUUUUAAAAAUUAUUCCCUGAGAGUUUCUUUUUUAAGGAGCCAUAAGGAGGGAACCCAGUAUGCAAUUCCUUUUUUUAAUCUGGGAAUCAGGGAAUAGUUCCUAAAUAUACAAAAUUUACUGAUACAAUAUUUUUUUCUUCCCUUCAUGUACCAGUUCACACUCAAAUAGAAAGUUUUUUUUGUUUUGUUUUGUUUUGUUUUUUUGGUACCGGAGAUCGAACUCGGGUCCUUGCGCUUGCGCAGCAGGUGGCAAAACCACUGAGCUAAAUCCCCGGCCCCUAAUAGAAAGUUUUUAAAUAGCCAUUCGGACUUGUUUCAGAAAAAAGAAAAAUCAAGCCUUUUGUGGAGGAUGAAGAAUCUGACUAAUGUACUGUCACAGACAAGUAUAAGUAGUUUUGUUUCAUUUGAAUAGGUAAGCAAAAUAUACUUUAUACCAGUGAAUUACCAACACCUUGACUUGGUUACAGUGCUCAUGUCUGUUUUUUCUGAAGUUAUCCAUUAUGAAGCAGGGUGGAAGUUCAGUAUUUUGACAUUUUAAAAGUUUAGUUAUAUAAUGUCUGCUUCCAGCCAGUGAGAAACAUCUAGCCAUACCUUUCUUAUGCAAGCCAUUCAGUUAUCAGGACUGUGAAUUAACACUGUAUGAAUAAAUUUCUGUACACCUUAUCGUUUGGCCAGAAGGCCACCAAGUGUACUUAUAUGUAAUCCUUAAAUUUUAAAGUAGCUGUAAUUUUUAAAUAUUUCUAAACUUUUCAUAAACCACUAAAAUUAAGCUCUUACUACUUAGUCAAUUAUCCUCAGCUGUAUUCGUACUCAAUUGUCAGUAUGGCACAGAUUACUGUAUUAAAAUACUCUCUUUUCGUCUUCAUAUUUACCUUCUGAGGUAAUUUUUUAACUUAAUGUGUUACUACAAAGAUUUGCAGAUCUUUAAUCAAGCACUAUGUUAAUACUGUAAUAUCAAAAUACUAUGUUGCAUUAUUUAAAGUGUUCAAAUUGAAUAGUUUAAAAGGAAGUUUUUAAAUGCUAUAUUGCAUCAUAUAAUUUGCUACUCAUCCACUAUGGCAUUGCAUAUUAGUCUGUUAAUACAUUUAAUGUUGCAUGAGUGAUAUUUUGGUCUGGGUUUCCUCUUAAGAUUUUAGUUUGCCUAAAUUAAGGAAAAAUGUUAUUAACAAUACUACAUUUUUAUUUUGUCCCCCCACCCCCAAUCAGCUGGAAAUCUUAACCUUUUGGAUUUUCUUGGUGUUUUAAUGGGCCCAGAACUGUGGUUUAAUUUUUUAUAUAUGUAUUUUAUUUUUUUGUGGAGUAUAAAUUUGAAAACUGGAUUUGGGACCUAAAAUACUCCUCAGGUUGACAUAUUCAUUAAGUUUUAAAAUAGCUUUAGUUUUCAAAGUAAACUGGAUUUGUGGACCUUAAAGUUCCUGAGUUUAAACUACAAGUUGUAAUGUCAUCACUGGACACGUCAGCGUCACCCUCUCCGAACAGCGCAGUCACUUUAUGAAGGGGCAUCUUAAAGCUGCUGUUAGCAGUGACAUUCAAUAUGGUCCAAUUGCUUUUCUUUUUUAACACGACAAAAAAGAAUAAGGAACAAACACUAUUGCUGCCGAAUGCCAUAACACUGAGUUGUACAAAUUGUGAUUGAGGAAAUGGAAAAGGUUUAUACUUUUUAAAAAAAAAACAAAAAAAACAAAACUUCAAAUGGAAUAAAUUAUUCACGAAGCCUUU